GUCUUUUUCUAAAAAAAAAAAUAAAAUAUUAUAAUUUAAACUUGGCCUCCUCCUUACCCUUCGCCUCUCUCUUCUUGGCGUGCGUGAGUACCCCGGACGGAAAUAUCACGCUGGGUGUGGUUCGUUCUAUUUUUUUUUGCGGAUAAAUCGUAAUCAGCCGUGCAACCCAUAUAACGAACUGUGAAGAGAAAACGAAUUUGACAUGGCCGAAGCCGACAUCCCGCCUUUAGCGCAUUUGCUCCAGCGGCAGCAGAGGUCAUCCGGCUCCGUCCUGUCAUCUCAGACGCCAGCUACGACGACCAUUUCGACCAUCGCCGUUCAAAGUGGCGCCACUCGUAUCGUUGUUGCUCUUCUUCAGAGUAAAGAAUGGCUAGAGCUGCAGGUGCUGGAAAUGAGUCCAGACAUGACGAGAAUGGGCGAUUGCUUCGUUACGUCAUCCGAUCUGCUGAUGGCUCAUCAGGACGUCCUGAGAAAGUUACAGAGCAAGCAAAGUCCAGUGGAGGAGCUGCUGAAACAAGCCGACCAACUAAUUGCAACUCAACGACCUCGUGCCGAAGUCUAUGCUGCAAUGGCCGAAUCGCUCGGGCAGGCAUGGAAAGAUCUUAAUUCUUUCCUGGAACAACGUAGGGUCAUCCUAGAAUACAACGUCGCCUUUCACAGUCACGCCGAAGAUGUGAUUGACAAGUUGGCUAGUUUAGAUCGAGAGACGGCUAGCACGUCAUCUUUACCUUCCGAUGUGGACAGCAUUAAAAGAUUACGCACCAGAAUCGAAGAAAGUCGUAAAUCAGCUUUGGAGAGCCUUCGACUUGCUCUACAAGAUGGUGAAGUGCUCAUCGAAAAAUUAACUGCCUUGAAAAAUCUAGGCACGUUGGAUUCUCGUCCAGGCCAUAUUUUAACAGCUGUCAAUGCAGCGCUGAAUCAAGUGAGAAGAUGGUUGGAAGCCCUUCACGACCGACGCCGUCGUUCCGAGUCAACAUUUUUGCAACGACGUGCAGCCCUUGAUCAAUGGUCAGAAGUUUGUUGUUUACGACGAGAUUUGGCAGCCACCGAGAAGCGUCUAGAAGUCCUGGGACGUGACAGUAGCUCUGCACUGGGCGAUUCUUCCGCCACGGCUGAACUGCUCCUAUUCGAGCACAAUAAAAUCCAGCCGGAACGCAAAGAGCUUCAAGAGAAGACGUUAAAAUUAACACACAUGGCUGAGGAACUGCAGGCUCGUUGGCGUAAUGAAUUGGGCGGAGCUAACGGUGCCGAGCAGGUACGCAAAGAAGCGUAUGCCUUACUGGACAAGACGAGCGAGUUCCUGGAAACGGUGGAGCAACGAGAACAGCUUUUGACUCAGUCGAUUCAUUUCUUCAGAGUUGCUGGAACAGCAUUGACUAAAUUGGAUCAGUUGGAAGUGCAACUGACCGCUCAUCAAGCCCCACCAGGUUCUGCUCAACUUGCCCAGCUUCACGCUCAAGUGUCUCGGGCUCUAGAAGAUGCCACUGCACCUGCUUUGCAUCAUGGUUAUUCUUUACUGGACAUUGUCGGUCGUUCUCAUCCAGGCGCCGAGGGUAUCAGGAAAACCGUGGAACUUAUUGAAAAUGAGGCAUUCAGUUGGGUAGUCUCUGCACGGCACACAAAGAAGAGAGUCUUCGUAUUACGCAAGCUGUUCGCAUGGCUGCUGGAUGUGAUUGAAGGAUUUCUCCGGACCCACACGGACAUGCGUGGUACUUUCACUGAAAUCGAGUCUCUACUAAGAUCAGUCAAUCCAUUAUGCGAAAUGGCCGAAGAAAUUCAAGCUCACGAGGUGCAGAUGAAAGGAGACGUCCUGCAUGACACGUGGAAGAGACUUUGUCGAGCUUUAGCCGACCGGGUGGAAUUGAUGCAAUCCUACGUCCGAUUACACGCCCUAGCUAUGGCAGUUCAAGAAGCUUGGGACGAUGUCGAGUCUCGAUGUCAACAAUUCGACGUAGAUGAGGAUCCUUCUGUUGCUAUACGCCAAGUCGAAGAAAUUUGGCUGGACGGCCAACAGAAAUAUUUGCAACUGAGCCAACUGGGCCGUAAUUUCAUGGCCGAUGCCCUUAAGAUUUCCGACCGCUACUUGGAUGUGAGAAAAGCCUGUCUCUGUGUAGAGAGUCUGCUCGAAUAUUUGGGAGGCCGGCAGUUGACCGUCCAUCAUACCCAGGAAACCUGGAUCGAAACGGUGACUACCAUCCAGCAUACGCGCCGUGAAUGGAACAAUUUCGUUUCCAUCGUCCAAUCGGUGAUGGAAAUUCACGAAGAGAAAGAACAAAGUCUUUACCCGAUGCUUCCGACGGCGGAAGAUUCUAGUCAUGGAAUUGCCGUCCAGCAUCCAACCUGCACAGCGAUGGUGGGUUUGCUUGAAGAGAAAUCUAAAAAUGUUGUCAAUGAAUGGACUGCAACGCUCAGCCAGCUGGAAUCGAAGAAAUUAGAUGCCGAACAAACUAAGCUCUCUUCAACUGCGAACCAAGAAGAUCGGUCGAAGAUGUUGGGAGACGUUUGUCUGCUCCAGCAGCGGAUGCAGUUCAGGUUGAAGGAGUACAAGACACUUGUUCAAAUGGCUCUUUUCUGGACUUUUCAGAAACUUGUCCGAAGUGGAAAGAACGAUUGA